GCCCACGCCGGUGCCGCCCCCACGCCGCGCAGCCCGGGCCUGCAGGCCUUAGCCCGCCGAGCCCCACGUCCUGCAGCCGCUUUGCACCGGACCUCGCGGGAGAUGGAGGUCCUGGCUACAGACACUGUGUCCCAGCAGGAGCGGCUCCAGGCCAUCGCCGAGAAGCGCAAGAGGCAGGCGGAGAUAGAGAACAAGAGGCGGCAGCUGGAGGACGAGCGGAGGCAGCUGCAGCACCUGAAGUCCAAGGCCCUGCGGGAACGCUGGCUGCUGGAAGGAACUCCGUCCUCAGCCUCAGAGGGGGACGAGGACAUGAGGAAGCAGAUGCAGGAAGAUGAGCAAAAGGCCCGGCAGCUGGAGGAGUCCAUCCCUAGGUUGGAGAAAGAGAUUGACGUGCUGGAGUUUGGAGAGUCAACGCCUGCCGUCCCAAAGGAGAACCCAGCAUCCCUCAGCCCAGGCCGGGUCCCAGCUGUGAGUCCAGCCAAGGAAGAGCACAAGACUGAGCUAGUGAUGAAUUCCCAGCAGACUCCAGUGGGCACACCCAAAGAGAAGCGGGUCACUAGCACCCCAGUGCGGACAGCCGAUGGCUCCACCAUGAUGAAGGCAGCCAUGUACUCGGUCGAGAUUACGGUGGAGAAGGACAAGGUCACCGGGGAGACGAGGGUGCUUUCCAGCAGCACGCUGCUCCCCCGUGAUCCAUUCCCUCAGGGCAUCAAAGUCUACGAGGACGAGACCAAAGUGGUUCAUGCCGUGGAUGGCACGGCCGAGAACGGCAUCCAUCCGCUGAGCUCCUCCGAGGUGGACGAACUCAUCCACAAAGCCGACGAGGUGACGCUGAGUGAGGCGGGCUCCACAGCUAGGUCAGCAGAGGCCCGGGCGCCUGCGGAGGAGGUCGCUAGGACCACGCCAUCAAGACGAGAGAUCACAGGAGUUGAGGCCCAGCCUGGAGAGGCCACAUCCGGCCCACCAGGCAUCCAGCCGGGCCAGGAGCCCCCGGUCACCAUGGUCUUUAUGGGUUAUCAGAAUGUGGAGGACGAAGCUGAGACCAAGAAGGUCCUGGGGCUCCAAGACACCAUCAAGGCUGAACUCGUGGUCAUUGAAGAUGCAGCUGAGCCCAAGGAGUCUGCCCCUCCAAAUGGCAGCGCUGCAGAGCCCCCAGCCACCACGGAGGAGAACCAGGCCGGACCCCAGGCCACCACCAGCGAACCCCAGGAUCUUGACAUGAAGAAACAGCGCUGUAAAUGUUGCUUGAUCAUGUGAGCUGGCCAGGCACCCCAAAACCCUGGCCCCUACCCUCUUCUCCACAGACAACCCAGCAGCCCGGCCUUUCCUCCACCCACCACCACACGGACCCCAGGCCACGUGUGUCGUCCCAUGUCCCUUGAGUUUUGGGACAGGGCCUCCCUGCCCGUCACCACACCCCCGACACUCACCCCAAAACACUCACUGAGCCGUGUGUCUCUAUCUGGUGAGAGAGACAGGUCCACUUGCAUUCUCCCAGACCCCCUAAAAAGAUGGGGACACCCUAGAUCACAGCAGAUUCAUGUAGGCGGCUCACGUCCACUGAGGUCCCAGCUGGGGUGACCCAUGGCACCCCUGCUGCCCCAGGCCAGCCUGUCUGUGCCUUACUGAGUGGAGUGGGAUGCGGUCCCUGGGCAAGGCUUUGGCCUCCAAUGAGGUGAGGCUGUGCUUCUGGGGCUUAAGGUCUUGGGAUGGGGGACAGGAUGGGCGCUUCUAGAUUCCUCCAGGCUCAUGUGCUCCCUGUAAUGGAUGACGGAGCUCAGAGGGUAGAGAGCCCCUGUCUGGAGAGGGGACUGUCACCCCCAAGGCUGGCUUCCAGACCGGGUCUUUUUGUGGGCAGGACCUGCACGAGCUGCUUCUCCUCUUCAGUUCCUGCCCCCCCCCCACUGGGCCAUCCUUCCUCCUGGUGCUAAUUUGGGGACCCUAGGGUCACCCCCACCUUCUCAUCCAGUCUGCUUGGACCAGGGUCCUGGGUUUCCUCCCACCAAACUCCACAAGUCAGGCCUCGCCUGCUGGGCUUGGAGCAUUUCUGGGCAGACAGGUGGCUCUCCAACCUUGGGUUGGAGCAAGGGGACCCCUCCUCUGUCACUCAGCCGGAAGUAAGUCUUCUCACAUCCCCCGGCUCUGAGAGUGACAAGGAUGGCUGACGCUCAGAUGUCCAUGCACUCUGGUUGGACGCAGCCACACCUGCCCCCAGACGCAACACACCUGCCCGCAGACCACCCUUACCACUGUGUCGGCUUCAGAGGACAAGGCUCCGUCUUGCUUGGUCCCUUUCUUAGGGUUUUCCAGCCUGGGGCCCAGAGCUCAGGCCACCUCUCAAGCCUGUGCAGCAGGGUUGAGUACAGGAGCCACUCCGGAUGGGACCCUGGCGUCCCUCAGUCUGUGUGCUACCCUCUGGUGGCCAGGAGGGGAGGCGCUGUCCAAGGGGGGUGCUGACCUGGGCCAUGGCCACUGUUGGCCAUGAGACCCCCCCCCUUCCUCCUCCUCCCGAGUCUGCUCCAGUCCUUUGAGCCGUGAGCCUCCGCUGAAGUGUCCUUGCGGUCCCCUUUCUGCUUUUGAUGUGUGACGAGGCCCUCUCACCCCAUGUUCUUGACUUUCCCAGAGAAACAAAUAAAAAAAAAAAAAAAAAAAG